AUGAGGCCAAGAAUAUUGAGAGAAUCGAAGCCUUCAUGGUCGGUUUCAUCUCUACUUCCAUCCAAGGAAUCCAAGUCCCAGACACCAGAAAUAACGAGCAAACAACUCCACCAUCUUCUGCGACUCUCGGCCCUUCCACCUCCCAAGGACGAACAAGAAGACCAGAAGAUGCUGUCUACCUUGAGCUCUCAGCUACACUUCGUCAAAGACAUCCAAAAAGUGGACACGACCGGAAUCGAGCCAUUACGGAGCCUUCGUGAUGAGACGGCCGAGGGUGAGAAAGAGUCUGAGCUAGGGCUGGAUGCUAUGAAGGACGCCUUAGCGAUGGAGGAGAUUCGAGGGAAGCACCAUAAGAGGAUAAGGAGGAUACGAUCACCUGUCAAGAAUGUUGAAGGCGAGUGGGAUGUGAUGGGGAACGCUUCCAAGAAAGUCGGACGAUACUUCGUGGUCGAAGGCGGCAAAGGCCGAUGA